UCCCCAUUUCCCAGUUUGGCUCGCCUGAGCUUUUUCUUUACACACCCAAUUACCCAUUUGGCCAUUCUCUUUCUAUCUCAAUUCUCAAUUGUGAAUUUGGGGAACUGAGUAAACGCCAAUCUAUUUUGGAUGGUGGCUGCACCUACUAAAACUGAAGCUGUUUCCUCUACACAUUUUGGGCAGCUCAUAAUUUUCGAUUUCUAACGCUUUUUGUAGUGAUAACUGAAACUCUCUCCAAGGACCAACACAAGGUUUGUAAUGGCUAGCACCUCUGGUCAGGGACUUAACUCAAGCAGAAAUUAUAGACAAUGGCUGGCUGAAACAUUUGAUGGCCAUGAAACGCUGGAUGAUGAGUUGUCAGAUAGUAAUGUGGAUGGAAAUGGUAAUUUGAUUAACCCAUUGGAUCAAAAUUUUCCUAUGACUUUGGAAGCUAGAGAACCAUACACAGGCAUGGAGUUUGAGUCAGCAGAGGAUGCUAGGGAGUUUUAUGAGAUGUAUGGCCGGCGUAUGGGCUUCACCAUACGGAACAAUCGCACACGUCGAUCUCUUAAGGAUAACUCAAUAAUUGGCCGAGAGUUUGUUUGCUCAAAAGAAGGUUUUCGUGCAGAAAAAUAUAUAAAGAGAGAAUACAGAGUUUGCCCAUCACGGCCUGCCACAAGAGAGGGAUGUAAUGCAAUGCUGAGGAUAGCAGCAAAGGAUGGGGGAAAGUGGGUUAUUUAUGGUUUUAUUAAAGAACACAAUCAUGAACUGAACCCAAGCAAAAUACCACCUCGAAGGUCACAUAGGAUUGCAUUUUGUGAGGAUGAAAAAGAUCUUAAAAUUCGGGAACUGUCCACAGAGCUGCAUCGUGAGAAAAAGAAAUCAGCCGCUUAUCUAGAACAGCUUCAGAUGGUUCUAAAAUAUGUUGAAGAACACACUCAGCGGCUAUCAUUAAAAGUUGAUGUGGUGUCCAACAUUCUGAGGGAACUGGAAUCUGUAGACCACAUUUUCUGACUAUGUUGAUUCUUGGACCAUGGAAGUUGUUGCAGAAGAGACCAAAUUGUGUCACUGAAUGCUCUUCAGGGAGAUGAUGGCAUUGCAUCUCUGACAAAAGCAACGGCCUCCAUCUCGCUUGUAAUUGAGUCAGAUGUUGAUCUUUCCCCAAAGAAAAUCUGCUGUUGAUGGCCGUUAAUCUGUUCCCUUCGUUUUCCAAGUUUCUUAAUGGCUGCCAAUCUGCUCACCAUCUGAAUUCUUCGUAUAUGUAAGAAUAUUCAUGUUAAUACAAAAUUUACGUUUUCCAUUGCUUA